CACCAUAUAAGCAGACAUCUACGCCUCAGAGUGCCACCGUGUCCCCUUGACUCCUGGUGUGCUCCCCUUCAGCGCCAGCAUGGGAGGCUCGCAGAGUGUGCAGAUACCGGGGGGCGGCAUGGAGGGCUACCACGUGCUGAGGGUCCAAGAAAAUUCACCUGGACAGAUUGCCGGCCUGGAAGCAUUCUUUGAUUUCAUCGUCUCUAUUGGAAAUACAAGACUGGAUCAGGAUAAUGACACACUGAAGGAACUCUUAAAAGGCUCUAUUGAGAAGGACCUCAAAAUGACAGUGUACAGCAGCAAGACCCAGACCAUCCGCACUGUGAACAUCGUGCCGUCUAACCUCUGGGGUGGCCAGGGUCUCCUUGGGGUCUCGAUUCGGUUUUGUUCAUUUGAAGGAGCCAAUGAGAAUGUUUGGCACAUAUUGGAUGUGGAACCAAACUCUCCUGCAGACAUUGCUGGACUAAAAGGGUACAAGGACUAUAUUAUUGGUGCUGACUCAGUGCUGCAUGAGAGUGAGGAUUUGUUCUCCCUAAUAGAAGCUCAUGUGGGCCGUCCCCUCAAGCUGUAUGUUUAUAAUGUUGAAACAGACUCCUGCAGGGAAGUAACAGUCACCCCAGACACAGAGUGGGGAGGAUCUGGAAGUUUGGGUUGUGACAUUGGUUAUGGGUACCUCCACCGUAUCCCAACACAGAGAGAGACAUAUGCGACAGACACUCCGAAUAAGUCACCUGCUGAAGCUUCAGAUGCGGAGCCUCUACUACAGGUGGCCACUGGAAAGGAUGUUGAAGCCUUAACCUCAAGUGUAGCAGGAAUAAAUGUUGGAGAGAAUUCACCAGUGGUGGCGACAGCAGGAUCCACUAUACCCCCUCCUACUGCAUUUACUACAGCAUCAGACCCACAUGCAGCAUUUGCAACAGCCACCACCACUGCAACAACCACGGCCAUGCCAUCUGCCAUCCCGAAUAUUCCUCCUCCUUCUUCCUUCACACCAAUGACACUUCCCCCACCUUCUGAGAUUCCUGCGAGUUUCACAACUUCUACCACUCAUGUGAACACAGCAGCUGCACCACAGACCUCUCAACCCCUUGUUCAGACUGCAGAAGUUCCCAUGCACCCUCCCCCUGCUAUGUCUCCCAUGAAUCCUGGCCUACCUCCAGUACCACUUUCCCAACCUAGUCCUUUAACCAUGGGUGGUGCUCCUACUGUCCCCAUCAUGCCCAAUAUUCCUCAGCCUCUUGGGAUCCAUGACCCCAGUGCUCCUAUGUGUCCUCCACCAAGUGCUCCAGGCAUGCAACCUAGUCCAGGUGUCAGCCAGUACUACUCAUCUCCAGUUGUCCCUCCACCAAGCUUUACUGCACCUCCAGCAAUGCCAUCCAUCCCUGGUAUGCCUGUGACGACUCCCAUUAAUCUGCCUGGAAUGCCUCCUAUUACAGUUAGUGCCACUUUACCUCCUGAGUCAUUUCAAAACAUCUCCAGCAACGCACAACCUUCGACACAGCCUCAACCUGUGCAGUAGAAAUCACUAGCAAGACCCAGAUCACCAUUUUCAAGGUGUAUAGAGCCAUAUUCACAGUUUCACUAUAUGCUCUUGUGAUUCAUAUUCCCGUCAGUGCUGUAAAAAUUUUUGCUUUGUAAUGGAUGAAUCUUAAUAAUGUUUUACAUAUAUAUAUAUAUGUAUAUUAAUGGGUAUGUUAAGUUAUGAGUUAGGUGCAUUUGCAAUAAGGCCAUAUAAAUUAAUUUAUUAAUCAAUAGCUCAGAGCUUAAAAUGAACAAGCCUUUAUUACAACAGAAUUACAAUGAGA